CAGCUCCAUCAAAUCCAAUAAUCUUCCACACACACGAUAAUAAUUAUAUAUAUAUAUAUAUAUAGUCCAUCCCACAAAUAACAACUCGAUAAGGCCACAAUAAACCCCUUUCUCUCAAUUUUCAUUCAACACCAUGGCAAGAAAAACCAAGUCCAUUUUCUUCACCUUCUUAUUAUGCUCUUGGGUGGUGGUAGUAGUAGCCCAAGAGGUAGCAAUUGCAAAAUCCGAAAGUGAAGCAUUAGGGGAACCGGAAUUAGAAAAAAGAGAAACACUUGAAAUCAUCAUUGGUGGUGGUGGUGGUGGUGGUUACCCUGCUCCUUCUCCUUCUCCAUCUUCCCCUGCAUAUUGCCCACCUCCUCCACCAAAACCACUGAGCCGGUUAGAAAAAGCGCGUCGAGUGCUUCUCAAGUUCAAAACCCUAAUCUAUGAUCCAGACUGUUACACGCAAAGCUGGAACGAGAACACCGACACGUGUGAUUUCAACGGGGUACGAUGCGCCACAUAUCCAAACUCAGAAGAGAAAGCAGUGGCUGGACUUGACCUAAACGGAGCAAAACUCAGCACUAAAGACGGUUGCAAUUUGCCCCUCACGGGUCUCGUCGACAGCAUACCCGAGUUAACAUUCUUCCACGUUAACUCCAACAACUUCUCCUUCACCGGUGGCUUCCCCAACAACAUCACGACCUUCCCUUUCUUCUUCGAGCUUGACCUAAGUAACAACAAAGUCAGUGGCCAGUUCCCCACGCAAGCGAUUCAGAACAACCAGUUAGUCUUCCUGGACCUCAGGUUCAACCAGCUUACCGGGCCGAUAGACCCGAAACUCUUCCAGAGGGACCUCGAUGUGAUCUUUGUCAACGAUAACCAGUUCACCGGGUGCCUCCCGGAGAAUUUCGGGUCCACGCCGGCCCGGUACCUUACAUUUGCCAACAACAGACUCUCCGGGUCACUCCCGAAGAGUCUCGGCUACGCGCCGAGUCUCACCGAGGUGCUCUUCUUGGGGAACCAUUUCGAAGGGUGUCUGCCCUUCGAAAUAGGUUACCUCAAGAAGGUCGUCGUGUUUGACGUAAGCAAAAAUCUCUUGACCGGCCCUAUCCCGCUCUCCUUCGGAUGCUUGAAGAGCAUUCAGUUUCUUAAUUUGGCGCAAAACAAGCUCUACGGUUGUGUUCCGGACAACCUUUGUCAAAUUCCUUCUAUCCGGAACAAUGGGAAUCUCUCUUUGGCGGAUAAUUAUUUCAAGGAAAUUGGACCUUCGUGUUGGAGUUUGAUCAAGUCCAAGGUUUUGGAUGUGUCAAGAAACUGCAUUCCGGGGCUUCCAGACCAAAAAUCACCCAAAGAAUGCUACCAGUUUUACAAAACAAAGAAGACAUGCCCUAACCAGAAUUCAUUUUACUACGUCCCGUGUAAAUCCCACUGGGGGACACAGAGCAACAAGCCCCCUGCUCCACCUUCUGAGCCUGUGACUUACAACGCUCUCAAACCACAUCGCUUGAGAUUGUGAUGAUCAGAUAUCAUAGGAUGGCUCAUAUUAGUCCCUUGUGUUGUUAUUAUUAUUUUUAGUUUUUCACAUAUCUCACUGGAUGGAAACAUCUUUCUCAAGGGGAUUUCGAAUCUUGGUUCACUCGGGUUCAUGUUAUUAACGCGGUUAUGUUAGUAUAUUUCUCUUUCAUGAUUAGCUGUUGUUAUUUUGUAUUUAUCUAUGCCCAUGAAUAAGUACUGCCCUGGAAUUGGGCAUCUUGACUAUUACAAGUUUGGUGUCAUUCAAAUGUAACGUCGAAUAAAAUUGGUACUGUAUAUAUUUGGAUGAAGGGUUGUGUUAAAUAUGUGAUCUUUCAAAUCGAAUUUUGUUUGUUUCGGGUCGAA